GAGCCCUACGCUGAGAAGCGGGCGGGGCGGGGAAGCAGCCGGGGCCGUCCUGGAGCUGCGGCCGGAGAUGCUGUCGGGCCGCGACGGUGCUCGGCAGCCCGGACCCCUGCAUUGAAGACACCCGGGGGAGGUGCCCUGUCAGGCCGGCUGGUAGUUCUUUUCUCGAGGACUGCCAGGUGCGACUACCACUGGACCCACUGUUUUCAUUUGGUUCAAACAGGAACAGCUCCCACACGUUUGAUGGCCCAUUUACACCUGCAUCAUCGGGCACCUUUAAAGACAGAUUGGCAGAGCCCUGUUGCAACUUACUGGAUGUAAGUCAACAGGUAAAGUGAAUUCUGACGACAGAAGAGUUUGAUGACACAGACUACCAAAUUUCUUUGGAGAACACGUUAUGAACCCUUUCUGGAGCAUGUCUACAAGCUCUGCUCGCAAAAGGACUGAUGGUGAAGAGAAGACAUUAACAGGGGACGUGAAAACCAGCCCUCCGCGCACUGCUCCAAAGAAACAGCUGCCUUCUAUUCCCAAAAAUGCUUUGCCCAUAACUAAGCCGACGUCUCCUGCCCCAGCCGCACAAUCAACGAACGGCACGCAUGCUUCCUAUGGCCCCUUCUACUUGGAGUACUCUCUGCUUGCAGAAUUUACCUUGGUUGUGAAGCAGAAGUUACCAGGAGUCUAUGUGCAGCCGUCCUACCGUUCUGCAUUAAUGUGGUUUGGAGUAAUAUUCAUUCGGCAUGGACUUUACCAGGACGGUGUAUUUAAGUUUACAGUUUAUAUCCCUGACAACUACCCAGAUGGGGACUGCCCACGCUUGGUGUUUGAUAUUCCCGUCUUUCAUCCGCUAGUCGAUCCCACCUCCGGUGAGCUGGAUGUGAAGAGAGCAUUUGCAAAGUGGAGGCGGAACCAUAACCAUAUCUGGCAAGUAUUAAUGUAUGCAAGGAGAGUCUUCUACAAGAUUGAUACGGCAAGCCCCCUCAACCCAGAGGCCGCAGUACUGUAUGAAAAAGACGUCCAGCUUUUUAAAAGUAAAGUGGUUGACAGUGUUAAAUUGUGCGCAGCACGUUUGUUUGACCAACCUAAAAUAGAAGACCCCUAUGCAAUUAGCUUUUCUCCAUGGAAUCCUUCUAUACAUGAUGAAGCCAGAGAAAAGAUGCUGACUCCAAAAAAGAAGCCUGAAGAGCAGCACAGUAAAAGUGUUCACGUUGCUGGCCUGUCCUGGGUAAAGCCUGGCUCAGUACAACCUUUCAGUAAAGAAGAGAAAACGGUAGCAACUUAAGAGCGGGUGAUUCUGGUGCACUGUGCACUUUCCUGCUGGACUCUGGCCUCGUUAAAGCUGACCAAUGGCAAAGGAUUGCCUGAAGAGUAAAAAUGUGUGAACAAUGACUGAUACCAGUGUUGUCCAUGUAUGCUUAGGUUCUAACAGCAAAUUCUGGAAAGCUCUUUGAAGUAAUGCGUCACUUCUGUCAGAAGUGACUUUAGGGUGGUUGUCUAGUUAGUACUCCAAAUUUUUGGGGAUGUUGAGGUUUAAAUAUUUUUCUGAAUAUAAUGCGAAAGGUAAGUUACAUUCAUUUAAACUAAUGAGUAGACAGUCCAGCACUAUCUAAUGAUUUUUAAAUUGGUGGUUUCAGUUGUAUGUAUAUUAGGAUAUGAAUAUGGAAAAGAGAAAUAGAGAAAGCAGGUCCCAUAGCUUUUAGCACUUUUAAGUGGAAAAUCAUUUGACUCUCAGUUUUCAGCAAACUGUCUUACUGAUUUGAAAACUGCUAUCACUGAGGUACAUAUGGGUGGGUGAGAAGAAACCAGAACACUGUUCAUAGUUUUUUUUUUUUCUAAAGCAAAUUACUUAAUGUAUUUUUCUGGCAGGAGGGAGAAAGUGCUAAGGCGGUUUCUAAUGAAGUCAGAUAUUUAAACGAUGAAUGACUAAUGUGUUUUGUAGAGAUAAAAUAAAUCAAUAAAUGAUCA